AUGACGAAUAAAACUAAUUGUGGUGGAAUUUUGGCUUCUUCUCUUGUUAUACUUGCUUUUGUUUUCUCUAUUUUUUGGAAAAAAGUAAUUCAAAGAAAUAUCAUCAAUGCAGUAAAUUUCAAACCUGAUUCAGAUAGUUUCAAAAAGUGGCACAAUUCUCCAAUCAAUAAUAUUGGAAGCUAUCAUCUCUUUAAUAUUACUAAUCCUAUUGAGAUUGUUCAUGAUCCUACUCCAAUAACAAUCAAUGUGAAAGAAAUUCGAGCUUAUACUUAUAAUAUAAAGACAAGUAAAACAAAUAUUAAAUGGUCAAAUGAUUAUAGAAAGCUUAGCUACGGAGUCGAACAAUUAUUUAUUCGUCAUCCAACGCGAUUUGAUCCAUCAUCAGUUCAUGAUACAGGUGUAUUUAUUGAUUUAGUUCGAGCUAUCUUUCGAGCAAGUUAUGGCCAUAAACCAUCGCAAGCAUUUUAUGCUUUGACUGGCAUGAAUACAUUUUAUUAUAGAAAUGCUGUUGAACAAUUAGAAGAUUUUAAUUCAGAUCUAUUUGAAAUAGUCCGAGAGAAAAUGACUGGACCAAAUACAGUUAAAUCAGGAUUUACUUAUCGACGAAACGGUAGUCAAUUAUAUAAUAUUUCAAUCUACAUCGGUACACCUUUGAAAGCUGUGUACCGCAUGCAACUUAAUAUCGAAGCUAUAAUUGAUCCAAUGACGCAAUCAAAGGAUGGAUCUGGAUUUACAUCAAUAGAACGUAAAGGUGUCAAACGUUUAAUACCAAUUCUAUGA